UGGCUUAAACCAUUUCCUAAAAUGCACCUUCUGCCAUUCCUUGCAAUCUUGUUAUUGAAGGAAGAUGUCUGUGGGAACUUUGGUCUUUCGGUUUCCGCACAGUCCAAUGAAAGGAGGGUGGUGGCCUAUAUGCCCGGUGACAUUGUCAUUGGGGCUUUGUUCUCUGUCCAUCAUCAGCCAACUGUCGACAAAGUCCACGAGAGGAAAUGUGGAGAAGUGAGAGAGCAAUAUGGUAUCCAGAGAGUGGAGGCAAUGCUUCAUACCCUGGACAGGAUUAAUCAGAACCAAACACUGUUGCCAAACAUAACGUUAGGCUGCGAGAUAAGAGACUCAUGUUGGCAUUCAGCGGUAGCUCUUGAGCAAAGCAUUGAGUUCAUACGGGAUUCACUCAUCUCAGCGGAAGAGGAGGAAGGACUGAUGAAGUGUGUGGAUGGAUCUACAUCUUCCUUCCACUCCAAGAAGCCCAUCGUGGGUGUCAUUGGGCCUGGGUCCAGUUCUGUGGCAAUCCAGGUCCAAAAUUUGUUGCAGCUUUUCAACAUACCUCAGAUUGCUUACUCUGCGACAAGCAUGGACUUAAGCGACAAGACCUUGUUCAAGUACUUCAUGAGAGUGGUACCUUCAGAUGCACAACAAGCUCGGGCUAUGGUGGACAUUGUCAAAAGAUACAACUGGACUUAUGUCUCUGCUGUGCAUACUGAAGGGAACUAUGGUGAAAGUGGAAUGGAAGCUUUCAAAGACAUGUCCGCCAAGGAAGGAAUCUGUAUCGCCCAUUCCUACAAGAUCUACAGCAAUGCUGGGGAGCAGAGCUUUGAUAAGCUAUUGGAGAAGCUAAGAAGCCAUUUACCCAAGGCAAGAGUUGUGGCGUGCUUCUGCGAGGGCAUGACAGUGCGAGGGCUGCUUAUGGCUAUGAGACGCUUGGGGCUCGCUGGAGAGUUUUUGUUAUUGGGCAGUGAUGGCUGGGCGGACAGGUACGAUGUGACAGACGGCUACCAGCGCGAGGCUGAUGGUGGAAUAACAAUCAAGCUUCAGUCUCCAGAUGUGAAAUGGUUUGAUGAUUAUUACCUGCAGCUUCAGCCAGAAACCAAUCACCGAAACCCAUGGUUUCAGGAAUUUUGGCAACACCGUUUCCAGUGCCGGAUGAAGGGGUCCCCUCAGGAGAAUAUGAAAUUCAAUAAGACCUGCAGCCGUAAUUUGACCUUAGAAACACAACAUGUGCAAGAUUCCAAGAUGGGAUUUGUGAUUAAUGCCAUAUACUCCAUGGCAUAUGGCCUCCAUAACAUGCAGGUGGUGCUUUGCCCAGGCUACGCAGGCCUUUGUGAUGCUAUGAAACCAAUUGAUGGACGAAAACUCCUUGAUUCUCUUAUGAAGGCCAACUUCACUGGAGUGUCUGGGGACAUGAUCUCAUUUGACGAGAACGGAGACUCACCAGGACGGUAUGAGAUCAUGAAUUUUAAGAAAACGGGGAAGGACUACUUUGAAUAUAUCAAUGUUGGAAGUUGGGACAAUGGCGAACUGAAGAUGGACGAUGAAGAGAUUUGGUCAAAGAAAAGUUCUGUCAUCAGAUCUGUCUGCAGUGAACCAUGUGAGAAGGGAGAGAUCAAGGUUAUCCGCAAAGGAGAAGUCAGUUGCUGUUGGACUUGCACACCAUGUAAAGAGAAUGAAUUUGUCUUUGACGAAUACACGUGCAAGGCUUGUGAGCUGGGUUCUUGGCCCAGCCACGACCUCACCGGUUGCAAUUUAAUCCCCGUCCAGUAUCUCCGAUGGGGCGACCCAGAACCAAUUGCAGCCGUUGUUUUUGCCUGCUUGGGUCUCCUGGCCACCAUGUUUGUGACUGCCAUCUUCAUCAUGUACCGUGACACACCGGUCGUCAAGUCGUCCAGCCGAGAACUCUGCUACAUCAUCUUAGCCGGCAUCUUUUUGGGUUACUUGUGCACUUUCUGUCUCAUUGCAAAGCCUCAGCAGAUCUACUGUUACCUCCAAAGAAUCGGCAUCGGCCUCUCCCCAGCUAUGAGCUACUCUGCCCUCGUGACAAAAACGAACCGCAUUGCAAGGAUCCUUGCCGGCAGCAAGAAGAAAAUCUGCACCAAGAAACCUCGCUUCAUGAGCGCCUGUGCCCAGCUAGUCAUCGCAUUUAUCUUAAUAUGUGUCCAGCUGGGCAUCAUUGUUGCCCUUUUCAUAAUGGAGCCACCAGAUACAAAGCAUGAUUACCCAAGUAUCCGAGAAGUGUAUCUGAUAUGCAACACCACCAACCUAGGGGUCGUGACUCCCCUCGGAUACAAUGGUUUACUCAUCUUAAGUUGCACCUUCUAUGCGUUCAAGACCAGAAAUGUCCCCGCCAACUUCAACGAGGCCAAGUACAUAGCCUUCACGAUGUACACCACUUGCAUCAUCUGGUUGGCCUUUGUGCCCAUUUAUUUUGGGAGCAACUAUAAGAUUAUUACCAUGUGUUUUUCAGUAAGCCUGAGCGCCACCGUGGCUCUCGGAUGCAUGUUCGUGCCAAAGGUGUACAUCAUCCUUGCCAAGCCAGAGAGGAAUGUACGCAGCGCAUUUACCACCUCCACCGUGGUUCGCAUGCAUGUUGGGGAUGGGAAGUCAUCUUCUGCUACAAGCCGUUCAAGCAGUUUGGUCAACCUGUGGAAAAGAAGAGGAUCGUCUGGAGAGACUCUAAGGUACAAAGGCAGGAGGCUGGCCCAGCACAAGUCGGAAACAGAGUGUUUCACUCCAAAAGGGAGUAUGGGCAAUGGUGGGCGAGCGACAAUGAGCAGCUCGAAUGGCAAAUCAGUCACAUGGGCCCAGAACGAGAAGAGCGGUAGCAGAGGAGCCCACCUCUGGCAAAGGCUUUCCGUUCAUAUCAACAAGAAAGAGAACCCCAACCAAACAGCAGUGAUCAAGCCUUUCUCAAAAAGCACAGACAGCAGCCGACACAGCAGCAGUAGCACCACCACCUUCGCCACAUUUCCAGAGUCUAGUGCCAAGACACUUCAUGAUGUCUCCGAAGCAGAGGAGCACUACCCGGCUCAGUAUCGAGUUCAGACCCCUUCCCCCAUCAGUACGAUCAGCCAGGGGACUGCUUCGCUGAGCCGGACAGAGGAUGACGUCGCAACGUUCCAGACAGAGCAAACCCAGCGAAGCAGCUCCUCCCAAGGCUCUCUGAUGGAGCAAAUCAGCAGCGUGGUGACUCGUUUCACCGCCAAUAUCAGCGAACUCAACUCCAUGAUGCUUUCCACGACCACGCCGGGGGCAAUGGUGGCCACUCCUCUGUGUUCUUCCUACCUGAUCCCGAGAGAGAUACAGCUUCCUACGACCAUGACAACUUUUGCAGAAAUCCAGCCUCUCCCCGCCAUCGAGGUCAAUGGCUCAUCCCAAUCGGCCAGGAAGCCGUCUUGCGGUAGUGUCAAAGAAGGCCCUUCGGCAGAAACACCGGCGGCAGCAAAGCCAGAGCUUGAAGAGUUGGUGGCUUUAACACCUCCCUCCCCUUUCAGGGACUCUGUUGACUCUGGGAGUGCUUCACCCAGUUCCCCAGCAUCCGAAUCUGCCCUGUGUAUCCCCUCUUCACCGAAAUAUGAUUCACUUAUUAUAAGAGAUUAUACUCAAAGUUCUUCUUCAUUGUGAAUGUAAUCCAGGUUCAACCUUGGAUUUCUAAGCUUCAAGACAACAGAGAGGAGAGGCCCACCCUCUGGGUUCUCCAGUGUUUAUGGACACAAUGAGAGUACUGGGUCAUCUCGGGGGGUAAAAUGGAAGGGGGAAAAUGGAAACAACAGAUGAGUUACGCUCUUUUAAACACACAUAAACUGAAAACUUUUAGCAGAUCUUUGUGGCCUUAAAAACAUGGGCUUUUAAAUGGAAAAAAACUGCACCUAUUUUUGAGGGCUUAUAAGGAGUCUCUUAAAUCACUUACAUACCAAGUGCUUUGCAUUAGUGUAUAAUGAUGAGCUAUUGACACAUACCGUGGGUGUGGAAAGGCAGGGCGAUGUUAAGCAACUGUCCAGUAUUUGUUUACUUGGAUUCCUUAACCCAGAAGUGAACCUUGAUCUUUUAUCAAGAUAUGGAAGACCAAAACAUUGAAUGUACAUUUUCUAAGAGACUGAAGAUCUGGGACCAAAUAAUCCAGCUCCUUUUUUGGUUCAAUGUGUUUUUUUAAAAAACGAAGAUCUCAACCAAUAGUAACCUAUUCUCUAACUGCUAACCUUUUUGGCUAAAACAUAUUAUUAUGUAUACAUGGUGGCAUGCCACGUGUUGACAAACGUAAGUUGAUGCAUUGCAGCGGAUGACUGCAGUCACAGAGGGCUUUCUAAAUGACUUCUCAUCCGACAGAUUUGUUUAUGAGGAAGAAUAAUAAUAUUCUCUUCAGUUAAGUAUCUAAAUUUUUUCAUUGUUAACAUUGGAUUCGCGUCCAGAGCUACAAAAUUCCAGGAGGAUUUUCCUGACUAUUUCACCAAGUUGCCAAUCAAUAAUGGAGUAGCAAAAAAAAAAA